GCGCCGGCUGCUGGGACCGGCCCGGACGAUGGGAGCCCGGGGCAGCGGCGGCGGCGGCAGGGGCCGCAGUGGCGGCGGUGGCUGCCCGGGCGGCGGCGGGGGCAGACGGCCGGGGACACGAUCCCGGUAGCGCCGGGUCAAGCGCGGAGCCAUGGGCCGGGCUGGGACCCGGACCGGGGUCGCGGCGGUGACUGUGGCAGUGGCGGGGCCGCUGUUGCUGCUGCUGCUGCUGCUGCUCGCUCGGCCCCCUCCUGCCGCGGCCGGCGACAGCAGGAAGAACGACAUCAGGCUGGUAUCUGAGCAGUUCUCGCAAUCCCCGCAGAAGCUGUCUUUCUACAGCUGGUAUGGCAGCGCCAGACUCUUCCACUUCCGAGUACCCCCGGACACCGUGCUGCUGCGCUGGCUGCUGCAAGUGUCCCGGGGUGGUGGCCCCACAUGCACCAAUGUGGAGAUCACUGUAUACUUCCGCUAUGGCGCCCCUCCAGUCAUCAACCCACUGGGCACCAGCUUUCCUGCCAACACCUCCGUGCAGCCCUCCUUCGUCAUCAAGAUGCUACAGAGCAACACUUCCGUCAAUGUCUCUCACCCAGCGCCCGGGGACUGGUUUGUGGCUGCUCACCUGCCUCCGUCCUCCCAGAAGAUUGAAUUGAAGGGCUUUGUUCCCACCUGUGCCUACAUCUUCCAGCCCGACAUGGUGGUCGUGCGGGUGAUUGAGGUCUCCAUCCUGGAGCCCGACGUGCCCCUUCGGCAGACCCUCGUCUCCCACCCCAGCUACCUCAAAAUCUUCAUCCCUGAGUAUACCCAGGAGCUGCAGCUGGAGCUGCAGGGCUGUGCAUCCAACGGCAGCCUGGGCUGCCCCGUGCGUCUUACCGUGGGGUCGGCCACCCUGCCCAGUAACUUUCAGAAGGUGCUCACCUGCAGUGGCCCAACUCGGGCCUGCCGCCUGCUGCUGCCCUCACCACCCUGGGACCGAUGGCUGCAAGUGACAGCCAAGAGCCUGGCAGGGCCCCAAGUGUCAGUGGCUUUCAGCGCCGUGGCUGCUCUCACAGCCUGUAAGCCGUGGAUCAUGAACUUCCCGCAUCUUCCGCAGAGCAACUCGAACCAGAGUUGCAAUGCCUCCUCUGCUGGCUUGCUGCCCCCGAGCCCUGGCUCCCAGGACCUGGGCAGGAGCAGCAGGGUGGGUGGUGGCCCCUUCUGCCUCAUGAGCUACCAGGUCAUGCGAGAAGAUAUGGAUGUGGUAUCUGUGCACUUCCGGCCCCUGGACAGGGUCUCGGUGCGGGUGCAGUCGGACAUGCCUUCGGUGAUGCAGCUGCACCUGAACACAGGCAUGGACAGUGGGGGCUCCCUCACCAUCUCCCUGUGGGCCAACAAGAGCGUGAUUUCCAACCACACCUCGGUAAUGGUCUGCGUGAAUGCUGCCUCACCCGUCCUCAGCUUCAACUCGUCACUCAACUGCACCACAGCCUUCUUCCAGGGCUACUCUCUGUCUUUGAGCACCUCGUUUCGCAAGGCCAACCUCAUCAUUCCCUACCCAGAGUCAGAGAACUGGUACCUCUCCCUACAGCUUGCGUGCCCUCAGAGUCCUGAGGAAUGUGAGAAGGCCUCCGUCCUUGUGGAGACCACCUUGUACUUGGUGCCCUGCUUGAAUGACUGUGGACCCUAUGGCCAGUGCCUUCUGCUGCGCAGACACGGCUACCUGUAUGCGGGCUGCAGCUGCAAGGCAGGCUGGCGGGGGUGGAGCUGCACGGACAACAGCACGGCCCAGACCGUGGCCCAGCAGAGGAUGGCCACGCUCCUGCUCACACUCAGCAACCUCAUGUUCCUGGCUCCCAUUGCCCUGUCCGUGUACCGCUGCCUCCUGGUGGAGGCCUCCGUCUACGCCUAUACCAUGUUCUUCUCCACGUUCUACCAUGCCUGCGACCAGCCAGGGGAGGCCGUGCUGUGCAUCCUCAACUAUGACACGCUGCAGUACUGCGACUUCCUGGGCUCUGGAGUGGCCAUCUGGGUCACCAUCCUCUGCAUGGCACGGCUGAAGGCAGCCCUGAAAUAUGUUCUGCUUCUCCUGGGCACGCUAGUGUUUGCCAUGUCCUUGCAGCUGGAUCGCAGAGGCGCCUGGAACAUGAUGGGGCCUUGUCUCUUUGCCUUUGUAGUCAUGAUCUCCAUGUGGGUAUACCGCUGUGGGCACCGGCGCCACUGCUACCCCACCUCCUGGCAGCGCUGGGUCUUCUACCUCCUGCCUGGCAUCUCCAUGGCCGCUGUGGCCAUUGCCAUCUACACCUCCAUGAUGACCAGCGACAACUAUUACUACACCCAUAGCAUCUGGCACAUGCUGCUGGCGGGGAGUGCAGCGUUCCUGCUGCCACCACGUGACAAGCACACUGAGCCCUGGUCCUGCUCACAGAAGCUCACCUGCCAUUAUCAGAUCUGUAAGAACCACCGGGAGGAGCUGUACACGGUGACGUAAUGCAGCCAGCUUGGGGACACCUACAGCUUUGAUGACGACCUCUCCAGCCAGGGGCAGGACCAAGGGAGAGGGACCUCUGUCCAGAUGGAUUUCCAACUGAAUAAAAUUGCCCUGCACACG